AUGUGUAAUAGAGACGGUAAAAGGGCUCAAAAAAAAAAUGCGGGCUUUUGGAACUGCCGACAAUUGCCUAAUGAAUCCACCAAAUCAGAAUAUAUUUCGGAGAUUCUUGUCGGAGUGGUGGACACAUUUGUUAAGGAGGUAGAAGCAAAGAGCUCAGACAUCGAACAUGGGUUCACUCAGAACCUUGUCCAGUUAAAAUGCGCCUGUACGGCCAAUAAAAAUAUAAAUACUAGGAAACGUAGGCGCGUUGGGCAUGUAAACGGUGUUGCCACUACCAGUGAAAAGUGGUUUUUCACCGUAGUGACAACAGAAGAUGAGAUAGGUGCUAUUCAUGUGCCUAAUAUCUUGCACCUACACGACAAAAACAUUGCUGAUAAUAGACUAGCGGAGGAUGUUAGACCUUUGUUUUUGGUUCUUCGAGCCAUAAUUUUAGAAAGGCUAGAAGAAAGUUCCGAAGGAUUAAAUAGAUUAAAUAGAUAA